AUGAAACCAUAAACCAAAUGGGUGAUUCUCUUUCUAACAAGCUUGUCUUAAUUCUCAUUCCGAGCCUUCGUGGAUUACCCAUCACUAUUGGCUACUGAGAUCAAGGAUCAUUUCAUUGUGAAUCAAUUCCAAAUAAACCUAUUGUUUUCAUUCAGAUCCUUUCCCAAUAUUGUUAUGCCUUUUGUUGGAGGAAUGCUAUUGGAUAGGUACGGAACAAGAAGAGGACUCUUUGGCUUUAUGCUGUUCAUCAUUUUUGGCACAUGUUAAGAAUAAUUAUAUAUAAGUUCUUUGCUACUUGUCAAUUAUUUUGAAUUGCUUCACACUGAUGCUUAUUGGAAGAUUCUUUAUGGGAUUAUUUUUGGAAAGUUGCUAUGUGGGAAUAUACAAAAUUUUGGCUAAGUGGUUUAAAGAGGCCUCAUUUGCCUAUAGGUAACAGUAACCUUAUUAUAAGCGUUGACACCGCAUUCAUUUGCGGCGGUACCAUCGCAUCCACAAUUCUGUUGCCCUACCUAGUCAACAAUUACAGCCUGGAUACGGCUAUAUUAUCGUGUCUUUUGCUGUGUAUGGUUUCAUUUAUCGGUCUGAAUACUGUUACAACAAUUGAUAAAACGUAUUAAGUCGAAGCCAAACAAGAAAGCAUCCCAAACUUUUCAUUCUCAUUAUUAACUUAAUUCAAUGUUGACUUUUACAUUAUUGCUUUGAGUUCCAUCUUCUGCUAUACAAGCUAUUACAUAUACUCCUACAAUAAUGCAGAAAUGUUUAAGACUAUGUAAUAUUUUCAUUCAUUUUUUAGGUAUCAUUUAUCAUCUUACUCUGCAGCCACACUUUACGGACUUCCUUGUUACAUGGCUAUUUUCAUAGCUCCAUAUUUGGGUCAUCUGGUUGACAAACAUGGAUAUAGAAUGCAAGGAUUAUAAAUAACAAGCCUAAUUUAAAUGAGUGUGUUUGCAUUGGUAUAUCUCAUGCCAAAUUGUGAGACCACUUGUUUGGUCAUUCCUGCCAUCAGCUAAUUAUUGAAUGGAGUAUUUUUUGCUGCCUAUGUUGUAACCUUAUGGCCUUGCAUUCAAAUGGUGGUGUCUCCUUAAUUGUCAGGAACUGCCUUUGGCUUUGUCUAUUCGAGUAUUAGUGUGGGGAUUUCCUUCGCGUCCAUUUUUAUUGGCAAAGUAGUUUAAGAGGAAACCUAAGCCUCCUACUCUAAUAUGUUGGGAAUCCUACUCCUGAUUUCAUUCUUGGGAGCCUCAAUGAAUUAUCUGCUCUUCUACAGAGACUCCAAAUAUUUCAACAACAAAAAAUAUGUAAUAUCGCAAAAUAGCACAGAAUUGGAAUUGAAAAUGCUUGAUUGA